AUGUUGGAGAAGGUCUGUGGUGAGGAGGUGGAAAUAGCGAGGAUGGUGGAGAGGAGGGGCGACAGAGGUGAUAGGGUGCUGGUAAUGGAAUUGAGUGGUAAGGAAGUAGCCCAGAUGGUGUUGCGGAAGAAGGAAGUAUGGUAUAGAGAGAAGGAGGAGGAAGAUGAAAAGAAGAAAGAGGGGGAAAAGGAUGACGUGAAAGGGACAGGGAAAAGCCAGAAUGGUGGAAUGAAACAGAAGGAAGAUGGAGAGGAGAAAGAAGGGUCAAAGGAUGAAGAGGAAGGGACAGGGAAAAGCCAGGUUGGAGGAACGAAACAGGAGAAGGUGGAUAAGGAGUGA